AUGGCCGAGCACGAGUACAAGUUCGACGUGGCCAUGUCGUGCGGUGGCUGCUCCGGCGCCGUCACGCGGGUGCUGCAGAAGCUCGAUGGCGUCUCCUCGUUUGACGUCUCGCUCGAGACGCAGCAGGUCGUCGUCAAGGGCACUGCGCCCUACGACACGGUGCUGGAAAAGAUCAAGAAAACAGGAAAGGAGGUCCGCAAGGGCGAGGUCAUCUCAUAGACAGCGAGGGCCAAGUGAGCCUAGCAACGUGCCCAUUCCUUUAGAGGGCGCUCUCCUGGGAAAUUGAUGCAUAACCGCCGCCGAGACGUUUGAUGGCAUUAAGAGGGAGAUUAGGUUGAUGUACAGGAUUCUUGCGAUUAGCCGGGACCGAAGCUGUUUUUGCCAGCCUCCGUACCAGGGAUCUUGACGUGGUCUGUUUGCAGGACGGCUGUCAGCAUUUAGUGGGAAAGGUCAGAAUCACAGGCUCGACUGACCCUUGGCCUGUGGUGCGGCUUCAUAGACAAUGUUCGUGGGACCCUCCCUCCUCAGGUCCUGCCACUCGCCACGGAGGCCGAGAAAGUAGAUGCGGCUUGUGUCACUGCCC